AUGAGCAAUUAUUUAGACUCCCGAUGGGACAAGUUGGACAGGGAAUUCGAGAAGUCACCACUGCAACAAAGAGUGCUCAUACGAUACUUGGAUGACUACUUUGCACUUUGGUCACAUGUAUUAAACCACAGCGGACAAACCAAUUCGGGCCACUAUACGGCAUACAUUCGGGCCGGUCCGGGCACAUGGUGCCUCUGUGAUGAUCAAAAAGUGCUACCGGUGAGUUUAGAGCACGUGCUUAGCACUGAUGCCUACGUUCUACUUUAUCACAAGAAUCUCCUUGCCGUCAAGGCUUAA